GCUCCGCAGCUGACGAGGCGCGCGCGCGCGGGCGGACGGACGGAGGAGCGGGCAGCGCUCCAUUUUGCGCACGUGACGCAAAAGUAGCGGAAAACAGACGGUGCGUGCGCAGGGGUUUUUUUGCAUUUGGAAUGAAAAGAUGGAGUCUAGCACCUGAGGAAACGCUAUGGACGCGCUGAGGCAACUUUACCCAUUACUUUGCGUGCCGUGAAGACGCACGGAGCCAUGGGUUGAAGCGUCUCGUCUUCAAUGUGCAUGGGAGGGACUUGAUGAAGGGACCCGAAUCGUCUUCUUGAAUUGAUUCCUUAAAAUCUUGGAAAAUGGCAGCCAACUAUGAGAUAACCAAGCAAUUCCAGUGCUAUAAGUAUAACACCAUUUACCAUUUACCAUUUUUCUUCAAGCCAGUGCAGGUUGAAAAACGCGCCCUCGAGAUGUUCUAGCCGUCGCUCCGCUUCUCCGCUUUGAAGACAUGUAGUCACCCGACGAGCGUCGCCCACGUGACUCCUUCAUAGAGUUCAUCCGGUCCGGGGUCCUCGCGACUUCCUCCCUCCCCCCCACUCAUCUGGGCUGGCGGGGGGGGGACGGAUCCGGAUGAUGGAGGCCAGCCCGGAGAGCCCCAACCGGGCGGUGGAGUACCUCCUGGAACUCAACAACAUUAUCGAGAGCCAGGCCAAGCUCCUGGAGAGCCAACGGCGCCGUAUAGAGGAGCUGGAAGGACAGCUGGAGCGGAUCAGCCGGGAGAACCGAGAGCUCCGACGGGACGACGGGAAGCGGCCUUCGCUCCCCGCCGAGGGAGGAACCGUCCGCGGGAGGUUGAGUCGAGGUCUCUCCUGCGGGGAGAAAGACGCCGGAAGAAAUGCGGAGGUGGAAUCCCAGUUUCCGGGGGAGUCUGGCGCCCGCCGGCCGGCCCCUGCCUCCGUUGCCCCGUCCCCCGCCUCCAGGGCCCCGCCCACCUGCUCUUCGGCCGACUUGGCCUGGGCCUUGCGAUCGCGCCACCGUCCCGCCAGCCUCGCCCUUCGCAAGCAGGAGGAGGAAGAGAACAAAAGAUGCAAAGCGCUCUCUGACAGUUAUGAACUCUCCACAGAUCUGCAGGAUAAGAAGGUGGAAAUUUUGGAGCGAAAGUACGGGGGCUCUUUCGUGAGUCGGAGGGCGGCCAGGAUCAUCCAGACAGCCUUCAGGCAGUACCGCAUGAACAAGAACUUUGAACGGCUCCGAAGCUCCGCCUCCGAGAGCCGCAUGACGCGUCGCAUCAUCCUCUCCAACAUGAGGCUUCAGUACUCUUUUGACGAGCGCCAGCCUCAGCAGCAGGCACAGACGCAGACCAACUUCACCCACAGCGUGGCUAUCGGACCCCCACAUUCCCCUGACCCCCACCGCCCGGGAGACUUCUCCCGCUUGGAGGAUACCUUCUCCAAACAGGUCAAGUCCCUAGCCGACUCAAUCGACGACGCUCUGACCUGCCGCGCAGGUCGCGACGACUCCCGAGAAGGCGGUGGUCCAGUUGAAGAUUUCGGGGAGUGUUUAUGGGGCAGGGGUGGCGACCCGUCCUCUCAACGCAGUUCGAGCGAGCGAGCCCGGGGUGUCGGCGGGGGGCUCAGCAUGCACGGAGACAGCACGGCAACUUCCUACAGCGAUGUCACACUCUACAUGGAUGAUGGGGCGCCAUGCUCCCCACUCUCUCCGGACCGGGCGCCUAGCAGCACCGACACAGAAUACUGGGGCCCCGGCGGGGGCGCGGGAGUUCGUGAAGACAGCAGGGACACAGAAGGAGGGGGCAGCAGUAACAGCCGGCGCAGUACCCCGUGCACAGAGUGUAGGGACUACCGUCUGAGGGGGGCGCAUCUACCCCUCCUCACCAUUGAACCGCCCAGCGACAGCUCAGUUGACAUGAGCGACCGUUCCGAUCGGGGCUCUCUAAGCAGGCAGCCGGUCUACGAGCGGGAAUCCGGGGCGGGGGCCGGCUCUCCUCAGGGAACCCUCAAACAGUCCACCGACGCACGAGCCCAGGGUCAGAUCCGGGCCGCCGGCAGGGUCAUUCCGGCGCACGUUCCCCAACGAGUGGCCACGCACCACCAGCGCCACCACCACCACUCUGUCCACCGGCACCAGUACCCGGACGGUCCCUCGCCAUCUCCGUUGCCCCAGAACCCCCCCGCGGCCCCUCCAUCGUCCUCCUCGUCAGCGGCUCCGCCCUCCGGGGGGGGUUCAGAGCAACAGUGCUGCUCGGACGGAGACAAUGACUCUCUCAACUCCAGCAGCAACUCCAACGAAACUGUCAACUGCAGCUCGGGUUCCUCGUCGCAAGACAGCCUCCAAGAACCGCUGCCCCCUCUAGGGAAGCAAACCUAUCAGAGGGAGAGUCGGCACAGCUGGGACUCACCGCCUUUCAAUAGCGACGUGGUGCAGAGACGCCAAUACCGCAUCGGCCUCAAUCUCUUCAACAAGAAGCCUGAGAAAGGGAUUCAGUACCUGAUUGAACGAGGCUUUGUAUCAGACACUCCGGUCGGAAUCGCCCGUUUCAUCCUGGAGAGGAAAGGUCUGAGCAGGCAGAUGAUCGGAGAGUUCUUGGGGAACAGGCAGAAGCAAUUCAACAAGGACGUUCUCGACUGUUUGGUGGAUGAGAUGGACUUCUCUGGAAUGGACCUGGACGACGCCUUGAGGAAGUUCCAAGCUCAGAUUAAAGUUCAAGGAGAAGCACAAAAAGUGGAACGUCUCGUCGAGGCCUUCAGUCAGAGAUACUGCGUGUGCAAUCCGCUUCUGGUUCGGCAGUUCCAGAACCCGGACACCAUCUUCAUCUUGGCCUUCGCUAUCAUUCUUCUCAACACCGACAUGUACAGCCCCAACGUCAAAGCGGAGAGGAAGAUGAAGCUGGAGGAUUUUAUCAAGAAUCUAAGAGGUGUGGAUAACGGUCAGGAUAUUCCAAGGGACCUUCUGGUUGGGAUCUACCAGAGGAUCCAGAAAUGGGAGCUGAGGACCAACGAUGAUCAUGUGUCACAAGUGCAGGCGGUGGAGAGAGUUCUUGUCGGCAAGAAGCCUGUGCUGUCCCUCCCCCAUCGCAGGCUGGUAUGUUGCUGCCAGCUGUACGAGGUGCCCGAUACCAACAGACCGCAAAGAAUUGGCCUCCAUCAGCGUGAGGUCUUUCUCUUCAAUGACCUUUUAGUGGUGACCAAAAUCUUUCAGAAGAAGAAAAGCUCAGUGACAUACAGUUUUAGACACUCUUUCCCUCUGGUGGAGAUGCAAGUUCACAUGUUCCAGAACUCCUACUAUCCUCACGCCAUCCGCCUGACCUCGGCAGUUUUGGGCGGGGAGAGAAAAGUUCUCAUCGUUUUCUUGGCCCCAAGUCAGCAAGACCGCACGCGAUUCGUUAGCGAUUUACGGGAGAGCAUCGCUGAAGUACAAGAGAUGGAGAAAUACAGAGUGGAAUCGGAGUUGGAGAAACAGAAAGGCGUGACGCGGCCCGGAUUGCUGAGUGGAGGCACGGUCGGAAGCACGGCCAGCGUCAAGAGCGACAUCGUAAACGGGACGGGUUUCGACGAUAACUGCUCCAUCGGCGAAGGGCUCAAACGCAGCGCGCUCAGCUCGUCUCUCAGGGACUUAUCGGACACAGGCAAGCGCGGUCGGAGGAACAGUGUCGGUUCUCUGGACAGUACUAUGGAAGGUUCCAUCAUUAGCAGUCCGCAGCCCCACCAACGCUACCCGCCGCCCGGCGCGGUCCCCGGCCACUACGCCACCGAAGACUUCCGGCCUCACCGCCCCAUCUUGAGCCCCGGAACGGGGAUGGGGGGUGGGCCGGGGCAGCAACACAUCACUGCUGGGACGGCGAUCGCGGGUGGCGUCCCCGGCAGCUUAGAGAGAUCGGCGGCGGCCAGCUGCCCCGGGGGGAGCGCCAACAACAGCGGCUCCUUCCUGGGCUCACUUUUCAGCAGCAAGCGCGUCAAACUUCCACCUGGGCCCCCACCGGGGCCACCCUACCCCGCACCUGUCCCCCCGCCCACCACGGGGGGGCCCCCACCUCUCUCCCCUUCAUCCCUGUUGGACGGGGGGCCUUCCAAGAUCCAGGCGCUGCACGCGCAGUACUGUCAUGCGGGUACCGCCCAGCCCCCACCGCCCUACUACCACCACCAUCGCUACCACGCCCAAAAUAUCCAAGCGGCGCCCCCCCACACUACGCUGGGGAGGGGCCCCCCAGCCUGCCGUAUGCCCGUUUGCCCCCCGCUGGUGCAUCUCUCCGGUCUAGCGGGUCGCUACACCAACGCGUCGGUCGGGCGUCCCCCGCCCCUUUCUCCUCUCUCCCAGCAUUCCCCCAACCCACAGUCGGCCCCGUACCACGCGCAGCCCCUGCGAGGGUGCGGCAAAGCGCCCCUAACCUUGUCUCUCUCCCAACCGCACUCGCAAACCCACCCUGGCCACGCCCACACGCCGCACCCGUCCGCACCGUUGGGCCACUUCAUUUUCGGCACCCUGCCCCACAAUCUGCCGUCCGCUACCGUCAACGCGUAUCACGCGGCCCCCGUCGGCCCGUUUCUGCCCCGGUUCCCUCCUCUCUCUUCCAUCCCCCCUCCCCCACCGCACUCCCCUUUACCCCCCCCUUCGUCCCCCCUUACCCCUCUUACGCCUCUCUCCCCUCUCCCCCUCCCCCCCCCAGCACCCCGCGCAGCCUCAGCCGGGGCCGCAGGCGACAGGGGCCGGAGCCACGGGUACGGCGGGCGGCUCCAAGUCCAAACCCGUCAAUCGGAUCAGCACCGUAGUGUGAGCCGGGCCCGUGCCUCCUCCGAUCACCGACCCCGGGCGGGGGCCGGAUCGUUCGGGCCCGAGAGCGACAGGAAGAAACGCAGCCUGCUUCGUCUUUGCUACUUUCACUUGCGUUUCCCGCAUACAUAGGCGGAUCUCCAUCAGCAAUAUUCAACACAAAGACUCGGAUGAAAUGUUUUGAGACCCUUUCACAUUUAAAUAAACGGGGAAAAGUCUCAAAACCUAUGAUUGCCGUGUCGCUUUGUAGUGACGUGCGGUCAGGGUAGGCGAGUGAAGCACUCACUGCUCUCUGAUGGUCUUUCCUCUCCACUGCGUGUGAAUCAUUAAAAAAAAAAAACUUAUGAUUCCAUGAAACUUUUCCAUUUUAGUUCUAUGAACCGUACAUUGAUUUUCAUUUUCAGUCAAUGAACUCAUUGGCUGCUACACCCAAAAUCAACAGAAACUGAUGUGGAAUUGCAGCUAAAUCAACAGGACGUGGGCUGGAAUUGAAGCUAAAGCAAUAGGAAGUGACCUGAAAUUAUCGGGAAGCGAACUGUAAACGGCUCAAAAUUAACACGAAGUAACCCAAAAUCAACAGUAAGUGGUCCGUAAAUACUACAAAAUUAAAAGGAAGUGACCCAUAUCAACUGGGAAGUGACCUAUCAAGGGUGAAAAAUCAAUAUAAGUAACCCAAAAUCGACAGGAAGUAACUUGUAAACGCCUCAAAAUUAAUAGAACGUCACCCAAAAUCAAUAGGACGUGACCUGUAAAUGCCUCAAAUUUCACAGGAAGUGACCCCCAAAAAACAGGAAGUGACCCAUAAAUGCCCCAAAAUUAACAAGAAUUAAUACAAAAACAACGACUGACCUGUAAAACCUCUAAAAUUUAUAGUAACUGCCUUGGACUCAAGAAGACUGACCUGUAAAUGCCCCCAAAUCAACAGGAAUUGACCCAAAAUAAGCAGGAAGUGAUCUAUAAAUGCCCCAAAAUCAACAGGAGUUGAUACAAAAAUGACGCUGAGUGACCUGUAAAACCCCCAAAAUUAACAGUAAGUGACAUGAAGUCAAGAGGCAGUGACCUGUAAAUGCCCCAAUAUUUACAGGAAUUAACCGAAAAUAAGCAGGAAGUGACCCAGAAAACAGGAAGUGACCCAUAAAUGCCCCAAAAUCAACAGGAAUUGAUACAAAAACGACAACGAGUGACCUGUAAAACCCCCAAAACUAAUAGAAAGUGACUUGUGCUUAAGAGGAACUGACCUGUAAAUGCCCCAAAAUUUACAGGAAUUGACCCAAAACAAACAGGAAGUGACCUAAAAAACAGGAAGCGACCUGUAAAUGCCCCAAAAAUCAAGAGUAGGUGACACGAAAUUGACAGGUAGUGACACAAAAUCAAUAGGACGUGACCUGCAAAUGCCCAAAAUUUAACAACAAGUAACUCAUAAAUGCCCCCAAAUCAACAGGAAUUGAUACAAAAAUGACAAUGGGUGACCUGAACAACCCCCCCCCAAAAAAAAUCAACAGGAAGUGACCCAAAAUAACCAGGAAGUAACCUGUAAAUUCCCCAAAAUUGACAGGAAUUGCUUCAAAAUAAGCAGGAAGUAACUUGUAAAUGCCCCAAAAAUCUACAGAAGCUGAUGAAAACAUGGCAGGAAGUGACCCAAAAUAAGCAGGAAAUGAUCCGUAAAUCCCCCGAAAUCAACAGUAAGUUACCCAAAAUCAACAGGAAGUGACCCAGAAUAAGCAGCAAAUGAAACGUAAAUUCCCCAAAAUCAACAGUAAAAGACCCAAAAUUGAUAGGAAGUGACCUUUGAAUGUCUCAAAAACAACAGGAAUUGAUACAAAAAUAACAAUGGUUGACCUGAACCCCCCGCCCCCAAAUUGACAGGAAGUGACCCAAAAUAAGCAGGAAGUACCUUGUAAAUGCCUCAAAAUUAAUUGGAAGUCACCCAAAAAACAGGAAGCACAUCCCAUAAAUGCCCCAAAAUCAACGGUAAUUUACCCGAAAUCAACAGGAAGUGACCAGUAAAUGCCCCAAAAUUAAAUCGCCAGUCAUGAACCACCUCACCGAAGUGACCCAAAAUAAGCAGGAAGUACCUUGUAAAUGCCUCAAAAUUAAUUGGAAGUGACUCAAAAAACAGGAAGCACAUCCCAUAAAUGCCCCAAAAUCAACGGUAAUUUACCCGAAAUUAACAGGAAGUGACCAGUAAAUGCCCCAAAAUUAAAUCGCCGGUCAUGAACCACCUCACCGCACGUCACUGCCACUGCCUCGCUUUGAACUCUUUCGCCGGCAGCCAUUUUGCCAAAAGAUGGGGUCCGUUUCAUACCCGCUCACGCGAUAUUGUAUUUUAUGACCGUGUAAGCACAGUUUAACAUGAAAUUCAUUCAUGUUUAUCAUUUUUAAAAAGUUUGUUUCUACCUUAACCAAAACAGGGGUGUCAAAGUGGUGGCCAGGGGGCCACAUCUGGCCCACUGCCGCAUUUUGCAUUGCCUACGAAAAUCAAUCAGGUGCGUCGAUUUCAUGUUAUUUUUCUUAAAUUGAUGUAAAUUCAGAGAAUAUUUCAUUUUUCUCACUUUAACAAAAUAAAUAUAAUAAAUGUUUACUGUUUUUUUCCUUUUUUUUGAUCAAAUUUAAAUUUUUUCCCAUAUUUUUUGUUAAUUGAAAAUAGCAAACAAAUGAGUAAAUGAAUAUAUAAAAAAGUAUAUUUACAUUUUUCCUUUGUAUUUAUUUUAAAUAAAAACAAAUGUAAAAAUAAAUUUAAAAAGGAGAAAAUGUAUUUCUUAUUGUUUAAAAAAAAAGGAAAAUAAAAGAAAGAAAAUGUUAUUUAUAGGCACAUAAAAAACGGAUUUUGACUAUUUUGAGGUCAACUACGAAGGAGCAGGAGUACCAACAUUAAAUGCAUUAAUACACAAUUAACUAAAUAUUUAUGUUUCAUUAAAAUGUCAAUAUUUCAAUAUCAAGGCUGCAACUAAUGAUCACUUUUAUAAUCCAUUAAUUGGAAUAUUAAUGAAACGAUUAAGCGGAUAAAUGUCACUUUUUAAUUACCUUCACAAUUAACUUGAAGUUGUUUUAGGCAUGUUGUAAGUACCCAUGCAGAAAAAAUGGAUGACUAUUUCCUUCAAAUAUAAUAUUUUAGUACAGCUUCCCAUUGUAAAACUGUACUGUUAUAAGUACAUCAAACUUUAACAAGUUUAUAAUAAAGGUUCUGAGUAUAAAACAUAAAAAGAAUUUCUCAGACAAAAGCCCUGUUUAUUCAAAUAAAAACAAGUGCUGCUGAUUGACAUUUUUCUCUUGUGGACAAAGGGCUGAUAUCAAUUGUGUCAAUGACUCAUUUAUUUUCUUUAAACAAAGUAAACAGCACAAUCAAAGAAGGAGGAGGCAGACCGUAAUAAAUCAGUUUUCUCUAUCAAACAGUUGUUCAUAAAUACAGUCAAAAUCCAAUUUCAAAGCACACUCUCUUGUAUGACAAUGUACAGUUUGAAUGGGAGUUUGUGUUGAAAGGAAGACUCUGAACUGGGUUUAUGUGUGUGGUUUCUUUAUAAAAAAAAAAAAAGAGACAACUUUACUAUCUAAUAACGCAAGUGCUAGUAUACUUCUCCAAAACACAAUAGAAACAGACACUUAAGUAGCGCUUCGUGCGUUUCACCAACAAAGAAUACAAACAAUACAAUUGGCUUCAUUUACUCACCUCUGAUGAAGGCACACUGGAUAUAACGAGACAAAAGACAAUCUAACUCUCAACACUUCGUAAUAUUAUGGAGUCAGCAUCCCAACCUGAGUGUUGCAGCGAACUCUCUCCCCCUCUCUCUCUCUUGCUCUGAUCACUGGUGCGUACGCCGCCUCACAUUACACACAAGCAAGGACUCAAACGGGACCGCUAAAAAAAUGUAAUCGAUUAGUUGUUGCAGCCUUAUUCAAUAUUUAUUUCAACCUGCACUUAUUUAAUUCCGUAUUUAUUCAUUUAUUACAAUUUCUAGAUGACGAUUAAUUUGCUAAUCGAUUCGUCAAUUCAAUGCGACAGCGCUAGUUUCAACGCCAUUGUCGGCGCGUGACGUCCAUUCUGUUUUGACACCCCUGGGUUACUGAUAAUUUACCAAAAAAAAAAAAAAAACGGC